AUGGCUUCACAACCUGCCAUUGUGUCCUCAUCGCCAGAGGAACCUAUGUCCCGUAUAAACUCAAAGACCUUCAUCUGUCUCGUGGCCGUCAAUCUCAUCUACCUGGCACAGCUCACCUCUGUCAUCGGGACAGGCUUCUUGGCACAGUCGAUGGCCCAAGCUGUCGGUGGUACAGACAAGACAGUCUGGUACUCGUCUUGUAUCACUAUUAUGACAGUCGCCUUGAACCCGCCCAUCAGUCAGGCUGCCGACUACUGGGGCCGGAAACCUAUCCUCAUCGCGUCGUCUCUGAUCGGCGUGGCCGGAUCCAUUAUUGUAUCUAGGGCCCAGAACUCUGGCACGAUCAUUGCCGGAUUUGCCGUUCUCGGUCUCAACUUCGGAUGCCAGUCGGUUAUCCUGGCUGUCCUGUCGGAAGUUCUGCCCCGACAUUGGAGGCCCAUAGGCCAAGCGUCUUCCAGCAUAGCAUCCAGCGUGGGUGCAAGCAUUGGACUCCUAAUAGGCGGGGGACUUCUCCAACAUGGUAAUCUCACCAACUACCGUAUUUACUGGUAUAUUCUGGCUGGUUUCUAUGUAGUCGCGACUUUGGGAUGUUUCAUCGGGUACAAUCCUCCGCCCCGUGCAGUUCAAGCAUCUCUCAGCACGUCAGAGAAGCUCUACCGUCUUGACUGGGUUGGAUACCUGCUUUUUGCCCCGGGCCUUGCCUUGUUUUCCAUGGCGCUUGCGUGGUCCAAAAACCCAUAUUCCUGGAACAGUGCCAACAUCCUUGCUCCAUUCAUCAUCGGCAUCGUCGCAAUGAUUCUCUUCGUGGUUUACGAGUGGCGCUUCAAGAAAGACGGCAUUCUUCACCAUGACCUCUGGACUAAUAGAAACUUAGCCAUCUCCCUGCUCAUUAUGUUCGUUGAAGGUCUGGCCUUCUUUGCGGCCAACUCCUACUUUGUUUUUGAGAUUAUCGUUCUAUACGAUGCGAGCAUUCUCUCAGCUGGUACAAACUUUUCCAUCAUGUUCUUCACAGGCCUGGCUUUCUCCCCAAUUUUCGGGCUGUGGUCUUCGAAGCUCAAGACAAUGCGGCCGCAGUUAAUUCUUGGCUGUGUUUUUCUUUUAUUAUUCUUCAUUCUACUUGCAACAGUCAAGAUAGACACUCCUCGUUAUGCCUUUUGGAUAUUCCCAAUUACGUCUGGCAUUGCCCUCGUUUCAAUUCUGCCUAUCUCAAUGGUCUCUGCUCAAUUAACAACAUCCUCAGAGUUGAUCUCAUUGGCAUCGGCGUUGAUGAUUACAGUCAGGAGUUUGGGAGGUGCAAUUGGCCUGGCCAUCAAUAACGCCGUUUUAAACGACACCUUGGAUACGGAACUGCCUAAGAAAGUCGGUGCGGCGGUGUUGGCACUGGGCCUCCCUCCUUCAUCUUUGCCUGAACUUAUUAGAGCUUUGGCCACGCAAAGCAAGGCAGCUGUUGCUGCGGUGCCUGGGAUCACCCCUGAGAUUGCCCAAGCCGCAGUGGUAGCAAUGAAAAGGGCAUAUUUGAUGGCCUUCAGGAACGCCUGGAUUGUUUCAGCCGCUUUUUGUGCCGUUCUAGUGCUGGCUUCCAUUUUCAUAAAGGAACAAAGAGCUGACUUUGACGCUCGCAUCGAUGCCCCCAUGGAUGUUGUAUCAUACGAUUUGAAAGCAAAGGAUAUGGAGAUGACAGUCGAGAAUAAUGGGCAGAAAGAGACGAGCGUGCAGCACAACGAAAAUGCUGCAUUAGCUGAUGACAAUAACUGA